AGAGAACGGGAACCCCUUCUGAGGUAAAUUAAGUAGUGAUCAUGGAAGACGAUCAGUACACGAGUGAUUCAGGGAGUGAGCUUUCAGAGUAUUGGAUCGACACCUUUUUAGGUAUCAAAGGCCAUGAAUACUUCUGUGACAUUGACAUUGAAUACAUCACUGACAAGUUCAACUUGACGGGCUUGAAUGAACAAGUGGAGAGAAUAUCACAAGUGAUUGACUAUAUCAUUGACGAGACUGAUGUGAGUCAACUAACCGAUGAGCUGAGAGAAAUCUACGAUUCCAAUGCCCGUGUGCUCUAUGGCCUUGUACACGCACGUUUCAUUCUGACGCCUAGAGGCUUACAGAGGAUGAUGGAGAAGUACAAGAAGGCGGACUUUGGCUACUGCGCAAGGGUCCACUGUCAGCUACAGCAUCUAUUACCUGUGGGACUCAGCGAUAUUUGUGGAGUAUGCUCAGUGAAGCUCUACUGUCCAAGAUGCGAAGACCUGUACAAUCCAAAGUCUUCUAGACACGCCAUGAUAGACGGUGCCUUCUUCGGAACGUCGUUUCCUGCCAUGUUCUUCCAACAGUACCCUCAUUUGCAACCUUCUCAUCCAACAGAGCGCUACGUUCCCAAGAUGUUUGGCUUCAAAAUACACGAGUAUGCCAAACUCGCCAGAUGGCAAGAACAACAAAGGCGCUCUUUGCAGAAGAGGCUUGCCGACCGCGGUCUGGAGACCAUCAACACAGCAAACGGGUACGUAUAUCCAGAAGAUGACGAUGAUGAGGGAGACGAAGAGAUGGAGGAACAAAGUUAGACUUAGACGCAUGGCACUUACAUCAAAGAAAAGCAAGGAGGGAGAACGAAGCGGCGUUCGUAUCUGUAUUACCAUCAUUAAUAAUAUACAUAUGACGAGGAAUCGCUCAGCUUCUGCUGGAGCUUCAAGCGCACCAUACACCGUUCUAUGGUUUGUAAUAUGUCGUGCCGUGUACGGACUACGCCAUCUCGACGGGUAAUGGCGCUUAUAAAGUCAACUAUGUGCACCAUUGGCUGUAGACUGUCAACUGUGAACCGUGGCGAUCUAAACCCAAGAACUACAGCUUGAAUACCACACAACGCAGGCUCACAAGGUGUUAAACGGCGCCUUGCUACGCCUUCCACACAGUCUCUG